AUGUUCGAGGAGAUCGAGGAGGGCCUGCUGGAAGUCGAGAAGGAAUGGGAGGCUGACAACUUCAAGAUCGUCCAGGGUGAUGAGGACACUCACACUGCCAACGAGCGCAGGCUUGGCGAGAUCAUUGGCAAGUACAUUGCCGGAAAGCUUCACACCAGACAAAGCCGCAACGAGCAGGUCCACCUCAUCAACUUCUUUACGGUCACCGCCGACCGAGCAGAGAAGGAGAUCGACUACAUCAUGCCCGGUUACAUCCACCUGCAGCGCGUCCAGCCCGUCCGCUGGAGCCACUGGAUGCUUUCCCACGCCGUGGUUUUUGCCGACGACCUCGAGCGCCUCCACGAGAUCAUUAAGCGUGUGAACAGGAACCCAUUGGGCUGUGGUGCACUGGCUGGCAACCCCUUCAACGUCGACCGCGAGGCCAUCUCCAAGGAGCUCGGCUUCGAGCGCCUGCUAUGGAACUCUAUGGCCGGUGUUGCCGACCGUGGCUUCGUCACUGAGUUCCUUACAUGGGGCUCUAUCUUGAUGCAGCAUGUCUCUCGCUGGUCUGAAGAUCUGAUUAUUUACUCCUCUGGCGAGUUUGACUUCGGUCCGAGUGGCCGUGUCUUUGGCCAGACGGCCGGCCUCAUGAUGACCCAGAAGGAUCUCCCCAGCAUCUAUAAUAAAGACCUCCAGGAGUCCUGGGAGCCGGUGCUCGGUCACAUCAAGACCGUCAGCGACAGCAUCCAGAUCGCCGAGGGCGUCCUUACCACCCUCGACACCCAACCCCAGAAGAUGAAAGCGGCCCUCGACCCCUUCAUGCUCGCCACCGAUCUGGUCGACUACCUUGUCCGUAAGGGCGUGCCCUUCCACGAAACCCACCGCAUUUCCGGCCGCUGCGUUGCUCUGCCGGAGAAGACGGGCAUCCCGAUGAAUGAGCUCUCCUACGAGCAGCUCAAGGGCGUCGACGCCCGCUUCGAGGACAUUGCAGAGACCUUCAACUACGGGAGGCGAGGGCUUCCAAGGGCGGAACCAGCAGGUCCAGCGUCCUCGAGCAGAUUGCUGUUCUCCGUGCCUCUCUGCAGUAGAUGA